CAUACUACAACAUAGUCACAAUGUACGUUGAUUUGCUUCAGUUUCUUUAGUUUAGUUUAGUUUAGCUGAAUGAACUCCACAAGCAGCAAAGAAAUAGAAUAAAAUCAGAUUCUUUUCUUUGUUGUCGAAGUAGUUCGCCAGUCAUAUUACUGAUAACGUUACGUGAUAUUGGACAUGGAGACUGCUCCGAUACGGUAGCGUUCAAAUCAAUGGAACAUUAGUGCAAAGUGGGACGCUGAAUUCUAGGACUCGCGGCAAGGUCGUCAUCUCGAUCUAAAUGGCAGGUGUUCACGCACACUACGUGGAAAUUCUCAGCGUUGCCUCGUGAAGCAGAAGCAGUAGCGUACUAACCCAGAAUACCUCAGUUCUCGACACUGCCCGCUGACAGUUUAGCGCGGGCAGAAUGGAGGAUGAUGACUAUUUCCACUACAUGCAUUCGGAUGAUGGCGAUAUGACGGCGGAUGAGCAGGCACGCUUCAUGUACGCUUAUGACUAUGAUUUCCGCGACCCGGAUAUGGCGUCGCAGAUGUACGGUGGCAGCACCGGAACGUUCAACACCUGGUCGCAGUUCGCGUUCACCUUUCCACAGUGCUUCUACCCGACCAUGUACCAGAUCAUUCCGCUGAUGAUGCGCACUGUCGGUAUGGCGUUGGCGCUGCGCGUGGCCGUCCUGCUGCGCUUUCCGCCGACUCUUGUCCACAUGCUGUCCGGCGGCCUGGGCAUUCUCGCAGUCUGGCUGCAGUUCGGCUGGCCGGGCAUACGGGCGUUUGUGCCGUUCGAAGCGCUCGGCUACGCUACGUACCGAUUGAGCCCGAGGCACCGAGGUCCCGUCACAGCUCUCUUUGCCCUGACGUACUUACUGACAUGCGAGGCUUUCCUCUAUGAUGCUGUGAGAUGGCACAGUUGGAGAGGGUCCCUGAUGAUAGUCGCCAUGAAAAUGUUGUCGGUGAGCUUUGAUGCGGACGGCUCUCGCCUGCCCACAGACUUAUCGCCCGUGAAGCACGUCGGCUUCUGCUUGUCCUCGGUGGCCGUCAUGUUCGGACCGUUCAUGACCUAUCAGACGUAUGAGCAGAUACUGCAGCGGCCGCCCGUGACAUUUGGGUGGAUCUUCGCCAUGGUUCGCCUGAGCGUCAUUUCCUUUGUUUGCCUCGUCGUUUCCAGCUGUGCAAUUCCCUACAUAUUGACCGAGUCAGCUCACAAGUGGGCGCUGGCGUUCUCCGUAGCAGGUGCCUUUCACUACAGUCACUACUUUGUAUGCUAUUUAUCGGAAUUAUGCGCUGUGGCUGCUGGACUGGGAGCUAGGCAACGAGCAGAUGGAUCUUGGUCCUGGGAUGGACUUCCAGUAGUGCGAAUGUACAACGUUGAGUUGCCUCGCUCACUGGUGGAAGUUGUCACCAAUUGGAAUAUUGCGAUGCAUGUCUUCUUGAAGAACUAUGUGUACAAGCCGACACGCCACCUGGGGCAGUUCAUUGCCGUCUUGGCAACGUACUUUGCCAGCUCCAUCCUCCACGGUCUCAAUUUUCAGCUAUCUGCUGUUCUGUUUUCCAUCGGAGUCUUUGCUUACAUUGAGAAUGGGGUACGUUACAAGCUGGCUGGUUGUCUUGAUGCUUGCAUCAUGGCCCGUGCUUGUAAGGAUGGGUGUGAGCAUCACCAUAAAUCGAGUCGUAUCUGGGUGCGCCUCAUCAACCUCUUCUUCAUGGCACUAGCCAUGUUUCAUUUAGCGUAUCUGGGCGUGAUGUUCGACAACUCUCAAAACCGAGAAAUGGGUCACAGCAUGGAGCACACGCUAAGCAAGUGGCGCAGUCUGGACUUUGCCAGUCACAUUGUGGCAUUUGCCUUCUAUCUACUCAGUGUGCUGCUACCAACACCGAAGAAAAAGACGGCUUAAGUACCCACCUCCCCAGACUGGAAAUGCAUAAAGUAGAGUUUCUCCAUCACAGACACCAGAGGACCAGGCUUAUAAUGUCCCGUAUAGGGGGACAGACUGGCUGUUCAUGCAGGUGUCCUGAGCACCCGCAGUAUUCUUUGGGGCUUGGCUUGGAUAACUGCUUCAAACUCCAUCCCGAUUCUGCAACUAUUCAUGUUCCAUGUUGUGCGACGCCCACAGUCACGCAUAUUUCUUGGAGAUUUCUUGAGAGUUUUCCAAUUCUACAGUAUAGGGAUAAAAUUAAUUCAGCUCUACCAGUUACUAAUGGAAAUUGAUCGAUCAACCACAACCAUAACUUAACUUACGGUAACUAAUUGUUUUGCUUUUCAUCUCCCACUGUUCUAUUUCGAUAUUAAUAUGAAAUGCCGGUCUACACUAGUUUCAGUCUGCCACUUGAAAUUUAAACUACAUUUUUCCCCCACCUUUCCCUCAACUAAUGAACUUUGUAUUGCAACUCAAUUUAUGAAAAGUAUUUGGCUGGACACACCCAUUUCAAACACUGCACAAGAACCAAUUCUUGCCGUUUAGGCGAUAUUGCCAUCAGGUAUUUGCAUUCCUAAAAGCAGCAGUUUCGAAACAAAACCCUAUCGCCAAAAACA